AUGUCUUCUUUCAGAAACAGCACCAACUCGCAGAAAUACCAGAGCUUUGAUCCCGAGGCCGGCGACUUGGGCAGAAAACGUUCGCUUGUUCGUCCAGAAAGACAGCGUUUAGAUCCAGAUCAUCCGAGGUAUCACUAUGCCCAAGUGGCGUCCCAGGAAGCUGCGCAUCUCAAGAUCCAGCCUUCGACGACUGGUCUAGAUCCAGUGGUUUCCGCUGAAGAUGAGAAGGCUGGGCUGGGGAACUCCGAGGAAGAAGGAAUUCCUCUUAUGGACUUCGACCACGGGAAGGGCGGCAGAGAGGUUUUCGGCUUGAACGACGAGAGCCCGGCGCGGAAGGCAAACAACCGCCGCUCGCAUCCUCCGCCAAACGCUGCGGAGGACGAUAACGAUGGCCACAAUAUCUACUUUUGGAAGGUUUAUUGCUAUAUCAUCACCUUCUGGGCGCCGGCUCCGUUGUUGAGGCUUUUUGGUCUCAAAGACAAGAGCCGUCAAUUUGCCUGGAGGGAAAAGAUUGGCUUGAUCAGUUGCAUCUUGUACUUGGGUGCGUUUAUUGCGUAUCUCACUUUCGGAUUCACCAAAACUGUUUGUCACUCGUCCGCUGUCAAAAUGAGAAACAACGAGGUGCAAUCCAACUACUUGAUUAUUAAUGGGCGUACGUACGACUUGUCGAGCUCGAGACAUCCAAAAGCCGCCGGUGUGCCUGGCGGCUCAAACAUUUUAUAUCCUCCCAUCAACGCCGGCGGAAUGGAUGCCACUUUCAUGUUUCAAAAUGUCAAUGGCAACUGUAAAGGUUUGAUCAUGCCAAGGGACAACUGCUCGAUCCCCAAAAGCGGUGAUGAAUUGGCCUGGUACAUGCCUUGUCGUUUGUUCAACCAGGAUGGAAGCUCGAAAGUGAACAACACCCAUGUCUACUACGAUGGAUGGGCGUGCCACACCAGUGCCGCUGCAAGAGAUGCUUACUACGACUUGGAGGUAGAUGGUGAUGUUUAUUUCACGUGGGAUGAUAUCAAAAACAGCACAAGAAACUUGGUUGUGUAUUCGGGUGUUGUUUUAGACCUCGACUUGAUAAACUGGAUUCUGACUGACGAUGUCACGUAUCCAGACUUGUUCAAGAACUUGAGAGACGACGAUGCCUUUAAGGGCCACGACAUUUCGUUGGUCUUAUCGAAUUCCGAAGAACGCAGAGCAGCAAAGUGUUUGACUGAAAUCAUCAAGGUUGGUGUCGUGGACUCUGAUACUAUUGGAUGUAUUGCCUCGCAGAUUGUGUUGAUUGUGUCUUUGGUUUUUAUUUUGUCUGUUGUCGUGGCCAAAUUUCUUAUGGCCUGUUAUUUCAGAUGGUAUGUUUCCAUACGACAAGGAGCCACAGAAAUUGACUCCAAGUCUAUGGCUGCCCGUGACAGAGAAAUUGAUAAUUGGGUUGACAAUCCAACUGCUACCGCGCCAAUCAACACAAUUCCAGUGAAGGCAAGAGCAAAUUAUAAGACUCAGAAAACCAAUAGACAGAGUGUCUUUUUCAAAGGUGGCGCACAGAGUUUGACUUUGGCGCCAAAUGGUGACCUCAACAAAUACUAUGAUGAUGCGGAAGAAAAGCUCUCAAAAACAUUCAAGUACACCACCAUGAAUACGCAAGCUGCUACUUUGGGAAGGGCCAAAAACCGCACAACCCAGUCCAGGUCGAUGAUUUUUGACCACAGUAGGGCUCUGUCGGUUGAUCUUUUGAGACCUCACUCUACCUUCAAUCCAUUCGAUACCAUGGAUGAUUCUGCCACUGCUUUGAACCCCGCUUUGAUCCAUCCGGAUGUUGUUCCACAGCCACCUGUCGAGUAUCAACCUUUUGGUUAUCCAUUGGCUCACACAAUGUGCUUGGUUACUUGUUAUUCUGAAGAUGAAGAAGGUUUGCGGACCACGAUUGACUCGAUUGCUACCACUGACUAUCCAAACUCACACAAGUUGAUUGUUGUGAUUUGUGAUGGUCUUAUCAAGGGAUCUGGAAACGACAGAACUACUCCUGAAAUUGCAUUGGGGCUUAUGACUGAUUUCUGUAUUCCUCCAGAAGAAGUUCAACCUCAUUCUUAUGUUGCCGUGGCCCAAGGUAGUAAGCGUCACAAUAUGGCCAAAGUCUACGCCGGUUUUUACAAGUAUUCUGACGAAACUGUUCCUCCUGAAAAGCAACAGAGAGUUCCUGUCAUUACUAUCGUGAAGUGCGGUACUCCUGAAGAGGCUGGUAGUGCAAAGCCUGGUAACAGAGGUAAACGUGAUACCCAAGUGAUUUUGAUGUCAUUCUUGCAAAAGGUGAUGUUUGAUGAGAGAAUGACUGCUUUGGAAUAUGCUAUGUUAGAAUCUAUUUGGCGUGUAACUGGGUUGAUGCUGGAGUUCUAUGAAAUCGUGUUGAUGGUUGACGCAGACACCAAAGUGUACCCAGACUGUUUGACUCACAUGUGUGCAGAAAUGGUGAAAGAUCCAACUAUCAUGGGAUUGUGUGGAGAAACAAAGAUUGCAAACAAAAAUCAGAGUUGGGUGACGCUCAUCCAAGUGUUUGAGUACUACAUUUCGCAUCAUCAGGCCAAAGCAUUUGAAUCUGUCUUUGGUGGUGUGACAUGUUUGCCUGGUUGUUUCUGUAUGUACCGUAUCAAGGCACCUAAGGGAAAUAACGGAUACUGGGUUCCAAUUUUGGCGAACCCUGAUAUCGUGGAAAGAUAUUCGGACAAUGUUGUUGACACUUUACACAAGAAGAACUUGUUGUUGUUGGGUGAGGAUCGUUAUUUGACAUCAUUGAUGUUGAGAACCUUCCCCAAGAGAAAACAAGUUUUUGUUCCCAAGGCUGCCUGUAAGACUAUCGUGCCCGACAAGUUUUCUGUCUUGUUGUCCCAACGUCGUCGUUGGAUUAAUUCCACCGUUCAUAACUUGAUGGAAUUGGUUUUGGUGAACGACUUGUGUGGUACAUUCUGUUUUUCGAUGCAAUUUGUCAUUUUCAUUGAGUUCAUUGGUACAUUGGUCUUGCCCGCAGCUAUUUCCUUCACCAUCUAUGUCAUUAUCUUUUCGAUCACUUCCAAACCUACACCUUGGAUGUCAUUAAUUCUUUUAGGUGUCAUUUUUGGUUUGCCUGCGGCAUUAAUUGUGAUCACUAUAUCGUCCGUGAAGUAUCUCGUUUAUUUCUUCAUCUAUCUUUUUGCUUUGCCCAUUUGGAAUUUUGUUUUGCCAACUUAUGCAUUCUGGAAGUUUGAUGAUUUCAGUUGGGGUGAAACGAGAACUGUUAUUGGUGAAGAUACAGGAGAGCACGGUGCAAAAGAAGGUGUAUUUGACUCAUCAAGUAUCACCAUGAGAAGAUGGAGAGAAUGGGAAAGAGAUUCGAGAUUCCAAGGCAACGCUGGUUUAAGCACGCCUGGAGCGGUCUGGGACCCAUCUAACACAGAAAGGGACGUGAGUUAUUCUGAGGACUCGGUUGACACACCAUAG